AUGGAUCGCGAAUUCCAUUACCAGACGGGUCCCUACGACGGCCCGCGCAUCAGAGCCAGACGUGCUGCCACCGACUAUGGCUCGACAAUGGUACAAUGGCAACGCCACCGGCGCCCGCGAUACAAAGGCCUCCCGCCCACCGAGAUGGAGAGGCCCAGCAUCAGCUACAUCGUCGAUAUGCUUCCGCCACUCGCCAGGUUGACCAACGCCGCCGAAACAAUUCCCGCCAAGCACCUACACGCGUCUUUGAACAAAGUCAAACACCCCAUCAACGUGGUGCGAUGGACCCCCGAGGGCCGCCGACUGUUGACGGGCUCGACCAGCGGCGAGUUUACUCUUUGGAACGGCAUGGGCUUCAACUUCGAGACCAUUAUGCAGGCACACGACUCAGCAAUCCGCGCCGCGUCGUACUCGCACAGUGACGACUGGCUCGUCUCGGCCGAUCAGGACGGCGUGGUCAAGUACUGGCAGACUAACUUCAACAACGUCAAAGCACUGCAAGCGCAUAACGAGCCCAUCCGUGAUCUUGCAUUCGCGCCUACCGACUCCAAGUUCGUCACCGCGUCCGAUGACGCAACGUUGAAGAUUUUCGACUUUGCCGGCGGUAUUGAAGAGUCGACCUUGACCGGCCACGGCUGGGAGGCAAAGUCAGUUGACUGGCAUCCUACAAAGGGCCUGCUCGUGUCCGGCUCGAAAGAUCAUCAGGUUAAGCUAUGGGAUCCUCGGACGGGCCGCUGCUUAACUACCUUGCACGGACAUAAGAACACCAUAUCGAGGACUUCGUUCGAGCGCACUCAGGGCCAAUUGCUCGCGACAUGCGCGCGAGACCACACGGCCCGUGUCUUCGAUCUUCGAAUGAUGCGCGACGUGCUCCUCCUCAGAGGCCACGAAAAGGACAUCACGACCCUGGCGUGGCAUCCGAUCCAUCGUAAUUUGCUGUCGACCGGCGACUCGAACGGCGCUCUCUACCACUACUUACUCGAUGAACAAAAUGCGCCACCGGGCGCGGAUGUCACCAUGUCCCCCUACGAUAGCCCCGACCCGUCCAACGCGCCCGCGCAAACCAUACAUCCCGCUCAUAAGAUCGACCACGCACACGACUAUGCCAUCUGGACGCUCGACUGGCACCCGCUCGGACAUAUCAUGGCAUCAGGCUCCAACGAUCGCAUCACGCGCUUUUGGACGCGACCACGUCCGGGUGAGACGCACUGCUUUAACGAUCGCUACCACAUCGGGCAGGACGCGGCCGAGGCGCGUGGUAUCUUCGACCGACGCGACGCGCGGCGGCAGCAGCGUGAGGAGGAAGAGCAGGAGGCUGAGGACGAAGCUGAUGGUCUCGUCGACCAGAAGAUGCCAGCGAAGUUGCCCAUGUUACCAGGUCUGCCCGGUCUCGGCUCCGCGGCCGACGGCUCCAGCACCGGCGGUGCGCAGCUGCCAGGCUUGGGCGGAGGCGCGCCACUCCCGCCUAUGCCACCCUUUAUGUCGGGAGUUCCACCGCCGCCACCAGGGAUGCCAGGGAUGCCGGGAAUGCCACCACAACUGCCGCCGGGUAUGGACCUGGGCAAACUGGCCGAGAUGUUUAAGAAUGGCGGAGUGCCGAUGCCGCCGCCUGGGCACGGGGUACAGCCCGGGCAACCUGGGUUCGGUGCGCCACCGCCGCCACCGAUGCCGCCGGGGUUCCCAGGGUUCCAGCUCCCUCCUGGGGCCGUGCCACCGGUGCCGCCACCAGGAUUCCAGCUCCCGCCAGGAUUCCCGGGCGUGGUUGCGGGAGUGCCACCACCGCAGGUACCGCAGGGGCAGGGGGGUGGGCAGCAGGCUGCGGAUGCGGCGGCGGUGAAGCGGAGGGCACCGUUGCCGAGUCAGAAGGAGAGCUUGCAAGAGGAAAUGAGGAGGGGGAAGUAUACAAGGGCAAGGUGA